AAAUUUUUAAGACGAUUGAUUAUGAGAGCAAUUUUGGUGUGAUCUAUAAUUUCAUAAUGCAUACCGUUUCAAAUGUUGCACGUCAUUAUAUCUGUAACGUAUCGAAUUGUUGUCAUCCAUCCUGUUGGGAAGCUGUUAGGAAGCUAAUAAAUGGAAUUCUUAUAUUUAAAGCUAAAUAUCCUUUGUGGAAUAAUUGUAAAGAAUUAGGUAACACUGUUAAGCCUCAAGGGAUAAUCACUUGCAGAUAUUCCGCAUCAGUUAAUUUAUGAUUUAUUUUCUAACUCUGUAUUCUCUGAUUCUGAGUAUGGUUACCACCCUUCUGGAUUAACAAAUUACGCAUUCUUUAUGAAGGGAAGGUGUGAAGCACAGCACAACGAAAUCUUAAGAAAUCAAGAACAUACAACGAUAAAUAUAAACAACCAGAAAAAGAUGGAAACUAGUGAACAGUAUUUCGACAGCUCAAAAGAACACUUACUUGCACUAAAUUUAUUACGAAGCGAAUUAGAUAAGUGGAAUGGAGUUGAAGAUGCAAGUUCACUAAAAUCACCAUACAUUUGGAUACCUCCAAAGAAAAUCAGUGAUGCACAGAGUAAAUCAUUGAAUAGACAAAAAAAAUCUAUAAAGAAAGGAAAGGGGAAUCUAUUAUUUAUGUUAGCAUCUGGACCAGAAAGAUGUCAGUCAUUUAUCCAACAAAUAUCACUCAUCAAAACAGGGUCAAACCAAACUCAAAUUUGUGAUCAUAAUGUACAAAGUGGGAUGGAUAGAAUUCCAAAUAAAACUACCUGUAUGCCAAGGUGGGUGACAUCUUGUCAUAUUAGCGGUCAAGCUCUAAAGUCAAGACUACUACCUUUAGCUCGAGCUCAGAUACGCAGACGGAUUCGUCGAGGUAGUUUGAUAUUAUAUCCUAAUGGCAAUAAUUUGGAGUCUGAACGAAUAUCAACCAAACGAUCAGUGAAUGAUGCGGUUGCCUUAACAACACUUUCUGAUACUGUUAAUAAACAUGACAGAUUUGACCAACAAAAUUCAGUAUUACCAGAAAUUAUUGUUCCGAAUCAGAAUCUACUUUAUUUGAAUGAUUCACUGAAAUCGGAGAAAACAAAUUUGAAACAACAUCAACAUACAACACCCCAUUUCUUAAAUGAAUUGUUGAAAGCCCAUCAAUCGGAUAGACGUAGACGAAGUUAUGCUGAUAUUCAGUUACGUGAACAAGAUAAAUCAAAAGUCAAAACACAUAGAUUAACUGAUCUUUUGUUUUUUGAACAAUCUGAGCAAGUGACAGCGAAGAAAUCUCCACACUACAUGGAUUCAGUAGACAGCACACAAGACUUAUGCAUGAAUCGCUGUUAUUUAUCCCCAAUUAACUGGCCUUCUUUAUUGAAUAAUAAUAAUUCUGAAAUGCAAGAAACAGGUUAUAAUUUAAAUGAGGUAAUUCUCUCACUAUCCAGUCAAAAGAAAAAUUGCACCGAUUGUGUAAUGUGUCCGAAAAAUUUAGUGGAUGGUAACAAGUCACCAUCGCAUAGAAAUUGUUCAGUGGAGGAUAUUUCAAAUUCGGUUGCUAUAUGGCAAAAAUGCCUGGUCGUCUACUACGUCGGCGCACAACUCAGCAUGGACCAAGCAAACAAGAAACAUUCAAAAAUAGUAAACUUUUCACUGAUUCAUCAAGGCAAGCUGGUGAUACACCUAAAUUAAGUUUUGUAAUUGAAAAUGUUUACAAUCAAGCCAAAAGAAUGAAGUCUCUACCGCCAGAUAUUUAUGCAGACAUGAAUGAUACCGCUACUGUUGCUUUUUCUGCAGUGGAAGAUAAACUUCAACAAGAGUUUGAUGGUGAAAAUGAUCAUUGUAAAUCAAAUAAUUCCUGCUGGUCAAGUAAACGACAUCCAGGUUAUAUUGAGCGUAUGCACACAAUAUGCUCUAUGUCCAAUCGUAAAACUCUAAUGAAAGAUAACAAUUACAGUGGUUAUUUUAUUCCUAGAUAUAGAAGACAUUUUGCUAUCGAUAAGUCCAGUAUUUCAGAGUUAAUUUCGCUAGAACCGAAGACAAAAUCUUUCUUACCACAAUUACGUCAUUCACGGGUAAUAGAAAGGCAUAGCCAUAAACAGAUGGCUAAAUAUCAUUCAUGUGAAAUCAAUCAGGUAAAUAGCUCCACUUCACUACCGAUGUUGAUCAAACCACCACCACCUAGUCCAGAUGUAAAGUUUUAAAAAGUUUUGUAACAUUUAUGGUAAAUUCUAACAAUCUACUGAAGUAUUCUGAUUAUAUGUAUGCAUCUAUUGUUCUAAAAUAUAUGUUAACUUUUAUAAUGAC